UCCUUCCACCGAUAAACCUGGGACUCUGAAACCCCCGCAAAGGCCCACACUUGAAUUUUAAAACACUUCUGAUCAGCCACAUCCAACCAACAGAGAGAUAAAUCAGAGUAUAGUGAAUCUCAGAGGAACGAGGAUUUCCAAUUUUGAGCUUCGCUUCCGUCUUCUAUCCAUUCAUCGGUGUAGUUUGAUGCGAUUCGAGCAUGGAGCUUCAGAAUACUGUGAAAGAAGCCCUAAAUGCACUGUACCAUCACCCUGAUGAUACAGUGCGCAUGCAAGCCGAUCGGUUCCUCCAAGAUUUUCAGAGAACUUUAGAUGCGUGGCAGGUCGCUGAUAAUCUACUUCACGAUGCUACCAGCAAUCUAGAAACUUUGAUUUUUUGUUCUCAGACUCUCAGAAGCAAGGUACAACGAGACUUUGAAGAGCUUCCCUCUGAAGCUUUCCGGCCACUACGUGACUCCUUAAAUACAUUGCUGAAAAAAUUCCACAAAGGCCCUCCCAAAGUCAGAACACAGAUUAGCAUUGCAGUGGCUGCUCUGGCUGUGCAUGUUCCUGCAGAAGAUUGGGGGGACGGUGGUAUAGUGAAAUGGCUUAGGGAUGAGAUGAAUUCCCAUCCAGAGUUUAUACCGGGAUUCUUGGAGUUACUUACAGUUUUGCCAGAGGAGGUAUUUAACUACAAGAUAGCAGCUCGCCCAGAAAGGCGCCGCCAAUUUGAAAAGGAGCUUACAUCUCAAAUGGAGGUUGCUCUUAGUAUUUUGACCGCUUGUUUAAAUAUUUCUGAACUUAAGGAGCAGGUUCUUGAAGCAUUUGCCUCUUGGCUUCGCCUAAAGCAUGGGAUUCCUGGAUCUGUUCUUUGUUCUCAUCCAUUAGUUCUCACUGCAUUGUCAAGCUUGAAUUCUGAGUUACUCUCAGAGGCAUCUGUUAAUGUUAUUUCUGAAUUGAUACACUACACAGCAGCAGGAAACUUUGGUGGUGUUUCUGCACACUUGCCUUUAAUUCAAGUGAUUGUGCCUCAGGUUAUGAGUCUCAAGACGCAACUUAGUGACUCUUCAAAGGAUGAGGAAGAUGUGAAGGCAAUAGCUAGGUUGUUUGCUGACAUGGGUGAUUCAUAUGUUGAACUGAUCGCAACUGGUUCAGAUGACUCAAUGUUGAUUGUGCAUGCGUUAUUGGAAGUUGCUUCACAUCCUGAAUAUGAUAUUGCCUCCAUGACUUUUAACUUUUGGCACAGUCUUCAGUUGAACUUGACCAAAAGGGAAUCCUAUAUAUCUUAUGGUAAUGACGCAUCUAUUGAAGUUGAGAGAAAGAGGAGGCUGCAGGUUUUCCGUCCUGCAUAUGAGUCACUUGUCUCAUUGGUUAGCUUCCGAGUUCAGUAUCCUGAAGAUUAUCAGGACCUUUCAUAUGAGGAUCUUAAAGAAUUUAAGCAGACCAGAUAUGCUGUUGCAGAUGUCUUAACAGAUGCAGCGUCAGUUCUAGGUGGCGAUGCAACGCUUAAAAUUCUAUAUAUGAAACUAUUUGAGGCUGUAUCUGGCCAUGGCAAUGAUGAACACAAAGAAUGGCGUUCAGCAGAGGCUACUUUGUUUUGUAUUCGUGCAAUAUCAAACUAUGUGUCGGUUGUUGAGUCAGAAGUAAUGCCUCAGAUCAUGGCUUUACUUCCAAAACUUCCUCAUCAACCCCAGCUACUUCAGACAGUGUGCUUAACUACUGGUGCUUAUUCAAAAUGGCUUGAUUCUGCAUCCUGUGGGUCAUCUUUACUGCCUUCAGUUCUAGAUAUCUUAAUGAAUGGCAUGGGUACAUCUGAGGAUUGUGCAGCCGCCGCCGCUCUGGCAUUUAGACACAUCUGUGAUGACUGCCGAAAGAAGCUAUGUGGAUGCUUGGAUGGUCUGUUCCACAUCUACAAUAAGACGGUUAAUGGAGAAGAUAGUUUUAAAGUACCUGCUGAGGACUCACUACAUUUGGUUGAAGCCUUAAGUAUGGUUAUUACUGAACUUCCUCCAGAUGAUGCUAAGAGAGCUCUUGAGGCACUGUGCCUACCCGUCAUAUAUCCCUUACAGGAAGCUAUUAAUCAAGGUCCAGAGAUCUUGAGUAAAAGACCUUCUCGCCAGUUAACUAUUCACAUUGAUCGAUUUGCUUAUAUAUUUAGAUAUGUAAAUCAUCCUCAAGCAGUGGCAGAUGCUAUCCAGAGGCUCUGGCCAAUUUUUAAAGCUAUUUUUGAUCUUCGUGCUUGGGACAUGCGAACGAUGGAAUCUCUUUGCCGAGCUUGUAAAUAUGCUGUGAGAACUUCUGGAAGGUUCAUGGGGCUCACAAUUGGUGCAAUGCUAGAAGAGAUUCAGAGUCUAUAUAUGCAGCACCACCAACCAUGCUUUCUUUAUCUCUCCAGUGAAGUUAUAAAGAUAUUUGGUUCUGAUCCAUCUUGUGCUGACUACCUUAAGAAUUUGAUUGAGGCACUCUUCCAGCACACAACUCGCCUUCUCACAAAUAUUCAGGAAUUCACAGCCCGGCCAGAUAUAGCAGAUGAUUGCUUUCUGUUGGCCUCAAGGUGUAUGCGUUAUUGUCCUCAACUCUUUAUUCCCUCCUCCGUUUUUCCUUCAUUAGUUGAUUGCUCCAUGAUUGGGAUCACAGUACAGCACAGGGAGGCUUCCAAUUCUAUAUUGCAUUUUUUGGCUGACAUUUUUGAUCUUGCAAACUCCGCCGUUGGCGAGCCAUUUGUACCUAUCAGAGACAGCAUAAUUAUUCCUCGAGGCGGCACCAUAACGAGAAUCUUGAUUGCCUCAUUAACAGGAGCACUUCCAAAAUCUCGAGUAGAAGUGGUAUCUUACCCCUUACUAGCCUUAACUCGUGCCUAUGGGAUGCAAGCGCUGGGGUGGGAGAAAGAGUGUGUUUCAUUAAUUCCAUCAACGGCAGUCACUGAUGUGGAGCGGGCAAGAUUCCUAGAAGCGUUAUCUGAUGCAGCAUCGGGUGGUGAUACCAGUAGGCUGAACGUGUUCAUUGAAGAGUUUUCGGAUGUUUGUCGGAGAAACAGAGCAGUUCAGGAAAUAGUGCAAGAUGCCUUGAGACCGCUGGAGUUGAAUUUGGUGCGUGUAUCAUCAUCAUAGAGGAAUGGAUAAGGCAUUGGAUUUGGGGGCCAUUUUGCUUAGGCCUUGUCUUGUGGUUUAGGUUAGGUCGGUUUGUGUAUUGUCCAUUGUUAUAUUCAUAAUUUGAUCCAUGAUCUUAUCCUUCUCCAAUUUUUUAGGAGAGUUCGAGCCCCCCUUCAUGAGAUGUGUAGGUUGGAAAAAAUUAUGUGGGGUGUUGUAUCUUUUACUUUUCGAGAUGUGGGAUUGGUGAGUGGUCAUUUGUCUUUGCUGUCAUUUUUGGGGGCUGAGGUUACAUGGUAUAGAAGUGUAAUUUAAUGAAAACAAGAAAAGAAAAGAAAAAAGAAGAGGAAAAUGAUAAGGUUAAGGAAUCUUUCUUUUUU